GGCUUUACGACGUCGGAAAAUGCUGUCGUCCUCACUGCGCCGGGCUGCAUGGGCUCCUAUGGGGCCCAUCGCCGGCAUGUCUCGCGCAACCAGCCAAAGUAUUACUACCUCCGCGAACGGCCUCAUCGGCUCGUCACAACAUGUGCGUCAACGCCGAUACUCCUCUUCGUCCUCGAAACCCAGCGAUGGAUCUAAUAAAGUCGAUUCUUCCUCUCAGACGCCUGCGAAGGGAGUGAAUUCUGCAGAGAAACGUGAGGGGAAGGCUUCCAGACGGAGGGGCAAGGAUAGCAACGGCCGCAAUGGCUCCAAGCAGCCGACGGCUUUUUCCCGACUUCCCAGUGUUCCCUCUACCCAACACCUCCAGCCGCAUGACGUUCACGUCGCCUCCUUCUUUUCCAUCCACCGACCCAUCUCCGUUUCCACCACCGUUCCUCCGACCUCGACCCCCGAAGCCUUCGACGCCAUCUUCACCGCAAAGAAGCCGGCUAAGCCUGAGGUGGACGAUGUCAUCUUCACCCUCUCCUCCGCCGUCAACUCCAUGGAGAACUCCGCUGCCCACUCCGGCGAGCAGGAGGGCUCUCUGCAGUAUUUCGACAUGGAAGGCAACCAGCUGGAUGGCAUGAACCUUUCCGAUCUGAAAGUCUCCGUCGAGGAACUCACCAAGCGUCUCCGUCCCUUCCACCCCCCUCCGCCGCCCGUUCCCUUCGACGAAGCGAAGAACAUGGCUUCCUCCGAGUUCGAAGACGUCCCCCGGGAGACCUCCAGCUACUCCACCGUCCUGACCAUCCACGAGUCGAUACACUCGGAUGGUCGCAAGACCUACGAGGCUCACACUGGUCCCUUCGUGCCCUCCGGUGAGAUGGAAGCUCCUGGUGCCAUUGGAGAGAGUGAGGCCAUCAUUGAUGUCCCCCACAACUCCGGCACCACCUACAUGGAGCGUAUCCGCAACAACCGCACCAUGCACGCCAUUAGCACCAAGAGACGUCGCAGACUGAAGAUGAAGAAGCACAAGCUGAAGAAGCUGCGCAAGAGGACAAGGACCCUGAGACGGAAGCUUGAGAAGGCUUGAUUGACUUCAUUCAAUCAUCUGAGACCAUUACCAUUUGCUUGCAGCUAUAAUUUUCUUUUCGCUACGCUACAAUCCGAAUAAACCUUCCUCUUGUUAUCCAUCUUCCUCUUUUAUCUAUCUACAUACUUACAACUUUACCUCCCUCCAAGCCUCUGCUUCACAGAGAAGUCAUCCCUAGACUUACGCAUCUGAAGCUUUGCGUUUAUUGAUUUGCUCUCCGCAUGUAUGUGUGUGUGUUUGGCGGCGACUACUGAUAUGCCUGCCUAUAUCGCAUAUAUCCUUACGGCGUCGUCUUGUUUCUUUCUGCCUCUUUUCUCUUGAACAUUUGGAUGUCCACCGCAUUUUAUUCCGCUCAAUAGACAGUACUUUGUAUGUUA